AUUAAGAGCAGGAUAGCUAAUGACGGUGUGCUGUGCCAGCUGACUAGGUGCGCAUCCUCCGCCAUAGAGACACUCGAGUGGGGUACAUAUUUCUAGCAGGGCUCUCAAAGAAUAAGUUUUUUAAAGGCUAACCACGUCCAUGUCGUAACGCAACAGCUAAAACCGGUAGAUGGCCUACUGCUAGCUGCCAAACACGUUGAUUCGACGCCAUGGACUUGCAUUUAGCUUCGUGCAGGAGUAGGAUCCUGUUGGCAAUCACCAUCUUAUGUUCAAAGAAUGUCCUUGCGAGAAAAGCUUCAGGGAUGGCUGCGUCACGAUACACGUUCGAUCUUGUUCACCUACAGCCGUGUGCAACACCAGGAAAUUCCAUGAAAUACCUCAACUAUUCUCAAGCAAUGUCUUCCGAUGGCGUAGUGUCUCUCAACGGUAUGGGCGACAUCGGCCGGACAGCUCAGCGACUAACAGAUAUAGCCAUAGUGGCCUACAAGUGUCGUGAUGGCGUUUCAGCAAAUACAUGCGAAUAUUUUACAAGAUUCACCAACAAUGGAGACGGCUGUCGCCUUAUAAGCUCAUCAAUUGUGCCCUGGGCUAGCUUGUUGGGCAGGUCCCAGCCUCCAAUUAAGUGUCCGUUACAAACCGGAUGGUAUGUAAUAACCAACGGAACAAUUGACGUCGAUGCCUAUGCUCGGAUGUAUGGCGUGUCGACCAACAAUGAUGUGUGGAAGAUCACUAUAUCGAUAAAGGACGAAAAGCAUUCCCCAUUCGUUUGCGUAGACGCUGCAGUCCGAAUUAUGAAGUACGCAAGCAGAGGGUGAUCUAAACCUCCAAUGGUGGCCGACGACGCCCCCAGGAAUCGUCGGAUGAGCUUGUGGAUACCAAAAAUGCAUUUGAGUGACCCUUGA